CAUAAGCUUUCAGCGAAGGACAGUUUAUUAAAAUGAGAUAAUUCUCAACACCGUCACCCUAAUUAUGAGACUGUAGCGCCGGAGAAAAGGAGUCGGACACAGGAACAGAACAUCAAAAACACGACUCGGAUAACGGCGGGAACUCCGUUCCCCUUUACUUCGGAAGCGCAACAACAAAAACAGUCCGUGCGGAAGCCCGCACCCCAACUCGAGGUCCCGGGGGUGAAUUAUGUAAACACCACAACGCACCUGGCUGUUUAUCUUCAUUUUUUUUUUUUCCCCCACCAGUUCGACUUCAGACUUUCAGGUGAGGAAGCGCACCGUCAACCCGCUUGACUGAAAGCUGCACAAGUGAGUCAGGUCAGGAAAGCAUUCGUUGUCCGUUUCUUGUGGUUUUCAUCGUUUCGCUUCGUUUUCGUCCGCUGGCUUCCCCGACGUCCUCUGGGCGCUUAUGAAACUCGAGGGAGGCCGCUUUUGUAACCCGGCCGCGCCGGCCAAUCGCGCGGCAGCCUGCGCUCACGUGACCCGAGUUUUUAUGUAAGCGACGAGUGUCGGCGGCGAGGAAGUUCGCUGGUGGAGGAGGAGGAGGACUCGAACCCGAACCGCAGCGGAGAUGGACGCCGCCUAGCCCGUUCUUUGGAGACGUCCACGACGACAUGUCGCUCCAGCCGCCGGCAGAGGAAGCGGCGGCUUUCUUUGCGGGCGCCGAACAGGCCGUCGCCGCCGCCGCCGCCGCCGCAGCCUUCGAGCCAGAGCAGCAGCAGCAGCAGCAGCAGCAGCAGCAGCAGGUCGUCCUGCGCAAAGCCAACGCGUGCGCCUCGGACGACUCCCUGAAGGAGGCCAUUUACUGGCUGUCGGUGGCCUUGCGCUACGGGCCCGUCAGACCGCAACAGCUGAGCACCUUCGUGGACUGCGUCGUGCGGAAGCUCAAGACGAAGGCCGCCUCCGCCCCGGACUCCCCGUCGGAGCGGGUGUUGGACUGCCCCGGCUGCCGCCGCUUCUUGGGGGAGCCCGUGACGCUGGCGUGCGGACACUCGUUCUGCAAGAGGUGCGUGACGCGGGGGCUCCUGUCCCGGUGCAAGCUGUGCCACGAAGCGCCGUCCCGGCUGAGCGGCAAGCCCAACGUGGUUCUGGGCGGCCUCCUGGCCAAAUGCUUCCCGGGGGAGGUGGACCGCUGCAAGAGACGCGACCAGGUGGAGCAGCUGUGCGCGCGCAUGCGCUACCGCGACGCCGUCGCGCGGGCGAGCGACCUGAUCCGAGCAGACCCAGAAACGACGGAGGAGGUGCGCCUGUUGCGGGCGGAGGCCUACACGUCCCUGAAGCAGUUCGAUCUGGCUUUAGAGGACAUCGAGUUUUGUCUGGCGUCCGGCUCUUCUGCCGAGGCUUUGUUUCGGAAAGCCACGGUGCUGCACGAGACGGGCCAAGUGGACGAGUCCCUCCAAGUCUUCCUCGGGUGCCUCGCGCUGGACGAGGACUUCCCCUGCGCUAAGAGACGAGUGGAAAAGAUUCUCUGUGGCCUGCUCUCUUCGGCUAAUGACAACGUCAAAGUCGGCCUGAGGGAAACGGCGCUGAACACGUCGCCGCGCUUGCGCAACAAAAGCCUGGUGCCCGACGCCCAAGUCAGGUCGCAGAGUCCCGUCCGGAGACGAAGCCGAGAGCAGGCCCGCGAGCGGGAGAGACGCUGCGAGAGUCUGGAGCGUCCCGGUCUGAGCCGAGCCCAUUCCCUGCGCUGCGGCGAGCGGGGCCUGAAGAGGGUGAGCUCGGCCCCCCAGCUGGGAGGCCAGGAGAAGGCCAGCCUGCUCAAGAGGAAGUUGUCCGCGUCGGACGCCGAGCCCUGCGUCGCGGCCAGCGGAAGUCGCAAGUAUCAAAAACAAGGUGUGAAAAAGUCCCCCAAAACUGCAGCCAAAGCAAAGACGCAACCAAGUGUUCCGGACGACCUCAUUGACGCCAAUGACUUGGAGUGCUCGCUCUGCAUGAGGUUGUUCUACGAGCCGGUGACGACGCCGUGCGGCCACACCUUCUGUAAAAACUGCCUGCAGCGCUCUUUGGACCACGCGGCGCUUUGCCCCCUGUGCAAGGAGAGCCUGAAAGAGUAUCUGGCGUGCAGGAAGUACACUGUGACAAGCGUGCUGGAUGCCCUCAUCAAAGAGUAUUUGCCUCGGGAGUACGAGGAGAGGUCCAAAAGCCACUGGGAGGAGACCAGAGAGCUGUCCGACCUGACCAAGAACGUGCCCAUCUUCGUGUGUACCAUGGCCUACCCCACCGUGCCUUGCCCGCUGCACGUCUUCGAGCCGCGCUACCGCCUGAUGAUCCGCCGCUGCAUGGAGACGGGCACGCGGCAGUUCGGGAUGUGUAUCAACGAUCCGCACAAAGGGUUUGUGGACUACGGAUGCAUGCUGAUCAUCCGGAGCGUCCACUUCCUGCCCGACGGUAGAUCCGUGGUGGACACCGUCGGAGGGAAGCGCUUCCGAGUCCUGUCCCGAGGAAUGAAGGACGGUUACAGUAUUGCCGACAUCCAACAUUUGGAGGACACGCGGGUGGCGGACGGAGAAGAACUGGAGAGCCUCCAAGAGCUCCACGACGCCGUGUACGGUCAGGCCCGGGUCUGGUUCCAGAACCUCAAAGUCCGCUUCCACAACCAGAUCCUGCAGCACUUCGGACCCAUGCCCGAGCGAGAAGCCGACAUCCAGGCGACUCCGAACGGUCCGGCGUGCUGCUGGUGGCUGCUGGCCGUGCUGCCCAUCGACCCGCGUUACCAGCUGUCCGUCCUCUCCAUGACCAGCCUGAAAGAGCGCCUGGUCAAGAUCCGGCACAUCCUCACCUACCUGCAGAGCAUCCCCGCCGACUGAGCGCUUCCUCCGGCAGCCGGCCGGGGAGCCGUUUCGACUCGCGGACUCGCCGCCGGACCGCCUCAGGCAUUCUUCGUCCGUCGGCCGGAUGACCAGAAGAGAUGAAGCGGUUCCGACGGCUCGGGGCCACCUUGCGUUGCCUUACGGGGGAAGCGGGAAGCCGGAGUGCCGUCACGUCAAAUCCAAAAUGCUGCAUCAAAAACAGUCCGCGUGGGGAAUCCCGGGCUGGCCUCGUUGUUGGCGGGUUCCAGAUUCCGUGCGUCGCUUCCACGUUGCUCGUGCACAACAACUCCUCACCCCGCGUCGUCGUCGUCGUCGUCCAAAUCUUCCACCCACUAAGAUCUGGAUACGUUUCCUGCGCCGACGGAAACGCCCGACCGCCAAUCGCCAAAGUCCUGGACGAAAUGACGCCCGCUCCAACGGCAUUGACCGUCCGGAUUCUUCUUGAGCCAGCUGCGAGGUCUUUUCCAAGAAAAACUGAGACGUCUGAAAUGUUUAGAAACAAAUUUGCAAAGACGCAAACCUGCUGGGGGUCCGUCGUACUUCUCCAAAGUCAACGCAUAUUUUGACAUUCUGUUUGUGUUUUCAUUUGAAAGAGGGGCUACUGCAAUAUUUAGUCAUUGAAUCAAUGGACAGUAUAUGCAGCCGUAAGGCAAACGUUGAAUAUUCUUGUGAAGCUCUGCUUUGCCUUAGCUUGAAAGUUACACAAUUCUGUCCCGUCAUGAUAUGAAGUGUCGUGUUUUGAUUGUAUUUUUGUCUCGAGCGUCGUUUGCUUCCUACGGGACGAAGAUGUAAAUCAUUGCUAGAAAAGAAAAAAAAAAGUAUUUUUGGGGGAACGUUUGGCU